AGACCGAGCGGCUUCUGACCCCCAACCCUGGAUAUGGGACCCAGGUGGGGGCUUCACCGGGCCCUCCGACCCCCCCAGAAGAGGAAGACCUCCGUCGUCGCCUCAAGUACUUUUUCAUGAGUCCCUGUGACAAGUUUCGGGCCAAGGGCCGCAAGCCCUGCAAACUGAUGCUGCAGGUGGUGAAGAUCUUGGUGGUCACUGUGCAGCUCAUCCUGUUCGGGCUCAGCAAUCAGCUAGCAGUGACAUUCCGAGAAGAAAACACCAUCGCCUUCCGACACCUCUUCCUGCUGGGCUACUCAGAUGGGGCAGAUGACACCUUUGCCGCCUACACGCGGGAGCAGCUCUACCAAGCCAUCUUCCACGCCGUGGACCAGUACCUGACGCUGCCUGAUGUGUCGCUGGGCCGGUACGCCUAUGUCCGGGGCGGGGGUGGCCCUUGGGCCAACGGCUCGGCUCUGGCUCUCUGCCAGCGGUACUACCGCCAUGGCCAUGUGGACCCAGCCAAUGAUACCUUUGACAUUGACCCGAUGGUGGUCACUGAGUGCAUCCUGGUGGACCCCCCCGAGCGACCCCCCCCACCCCCCAGUGAUGAUCUCACCCUCUUGGAUGGCAGCUCCAGUUACAAGAACCUCACGCUCAAAUUCCACAAGCUGAUCAACGUCACCAUCCGCUUCCAGCUGAAGACCAUCAACCUGCAAAGCCUCAUCAACAACGAGAUCCCAGACUGCUACACCUUCAGCGUCCUGAUCAUAUUUGACAAUAAAGCACACAGUGGGCGUGUCCCCAUCAGCCUGGAGACCCAGGCCCACAUCCAGGAGUGUAAGCACCCCAGUGUCUUCAGGCAUGGAGACAACAGCUUCCGGCUCCUGUUUGACAUGGUCGUCAUCCUCACCUGCUCGUUGUCUUUCCUGCUGUGUGCGCGCUCGCUGCUGCGCGGCUUCCUGCUGCAGAACGAGUUCGUUGGGUUCAUGUGGCGGCAUCGGGGACGGGUGAUCAGCCUGUGGGAGCGGCUGGAAUUCGUCAACGGCUGGUACAUCCUGCUGGUCACCAGCGAUGUGCUCACCAUCUCGGGCACCAUCAUGAAGAUUGGCAUCGAGGCCAAGAACCUGGCGAGCUACGACGUCUGCAGCAUCCUCCUGGGCACCUCGACGCUGCUCGUCUGGGUCGGCGUCAUCCGCUAUCUGACCUUCUUCCACAAGUACAACAUUCUCAUUGCCACACUGCGGGUGGCCCUGCCUAGUGUCAUGCGCUUCUGCUGCUGUGUGGCCGUCAUCUACCUGGGCUAUUGCUUCUGUGGCUGGAUCGUGUUGGGGCCCUAUCACGUGAAGUUCCGCUCGCUGUCCAUGGUGUCGGAGUGCCUGUUCUCGCUCAUCAACGGGGACGACAUGUUCGUGACAUUCGCGGCGAUGCAGGCACAGCAGGGCCGCAGCAGCCUGGUCUGGCUCUUCUCCCAGCUCUACCUCUACUCCUUCAUCAGCCUCUUCAUCUACAUGGUGCUCAGCCUGUUCAUCGCGCUCAUCACUGGUGCCUACGACACCAUCAAGCACCCGGGCGGCUCAGGCGCAGAGAAGAGCGAGCUCCAGGCCUACAUCGAGCAGUGCCAGGACAGCCCCACCUCGGGCAAGUUCCGCCGGGGGAGCGGCUCUGCCUGCAGCCUCCUCUGCUGCUGUGGCAGGGACUCCUCGGAAGAGCAUUCGCUGCUGGUGAAUUGACUCCACCACGACUGCCACUGGACCUUAGCCCCCGGACUGCGGGACCCCUGCUUAUUUAUUUUUAGGGUUUGCGUUGAAGGAUCGGCUCCCUGCCAUGCCCUGGGGAGGGCCUAGGCCAGUCGGGUCGGACCCUUGGGGACCGGGUAGGGGGACAGGGAUGGGGUGGGUGUUAAAUAAAAGGGAAAAUAAACGUGUGGUUCUCAU